GUGUGGUGACUGAACGCAUCAAAGUGAGUACCAAGACAAGUGCUACAACAAAUAUCAUUUGGUUAAUAUUGCUCAAUGGAUAAUACUCAUUAAAAGUUUGAUUCCGUCAUGAACAAGGACACACCAACAAAAGAUGCCUCAAUUUCGGAAUUCUCCAAAGACGAACCCAAGCGUUCUCAUUGGACGGGGAAGUUAGACUUCCUCUUGGCAUGUAUAGGAUACGCUGUGGGACUUGGAAAUGUCUGGCGAUUCCCUUAUCUGUGUUACAAAAACGGUGGAGGAGCCUUUCUGAUUCCUUAUUUUAUUAUGCUGGUCUGUGGAGCUCUCCCAGUCAUGUUACUGGAGAUUGGUCUCGGUCAGUACAUGUCACGUGGGGGACUGAAGUCAUGGGUCAUCUGUCCACUAUUUCAAGGAAUAGGAAUAGCAACCCUUCUGAUCAACUUUUUAUGCAACACCUAUUACAUCGUGAUUAUGGCGUGGGGGCUGUACUAUCUUUAUAGUAGUAUGAGCUCGAUUCUACCAUGGAGUCACUGUCAGAAUGAAUGGAACACCAACAAAUGCGCCUCAACAGAUGAAGAACUACUCACUCGGCUUUGCCCAUCUGGUGGUAAAUCCAACGUGUCGGAACGAAUAGAAGAAAGUUUAAUAUACACGAACGCAUCACUUUACACUGUCCAUCAAAACGUAUCUAUUGCAAACUGCUCCCUAGGAAAUAUACACCCAGUGGAUCCUGUGGUAGAGUUCUGGGAGAAACAUGUGAUUCAGAUUUCUGGGUCUAUAGAAGAUGGAGGUGGCCUGGUUCCUCACUUAACGAUCUGUCUUUUACUGAUGUGGAUAAUUGUUUAUUUCUGUGUUUGGAGAGGCGUAAAAUGGAGUGGAAAGGUUGUUUACUUCACAGCCACGUUUCCGUACAUAAUCCUGAUUAUUUUACUGAUACGCGGAUCCACCCUUCCAGGAGCGGGAAAAGGAAUCGAGUAUUUUCUGAAGCCGGAUUUUACUCGACUUAAGGACGCCCAGGUGUGGGUGGAUGGAGGAACACAGGUUUUCUUUUCCGCUGCGAUUGCCCUUGGAGCCAUGAUAAGUCUCGGGAGUUAUAACACUUUCAAUACCGAUUUCUAUAAGCGCACUCUAAUCGUGGCAUCCGUCAACUUUGGAACUAGUUUUCUGAGCGGAUUUGUGGUGUUUUCUGUUCUUGGGUUUAUGUCUCAUCAGCAGAAUGUUCAUAUUGAUCAAGUCGCUGAGUCAGGUCCAGGUUUAGUAUUUAUGGUGUAUCCUAGGGCGGUUUCCGAGAUGCCUCUACCUCAUCUUUGGUCCAUUCUGUUCUUUUUCAUGUUAUUUCUAAUCGGAAUCGAUAGUCAGUUUGUCACGGUGGAAUCAUUUUUGGCCCACGUAAGUGACAUGUUCCCUCGUGUUUUAUACAAAACAAAGGGUAGAAUGAUACUGACGACUAUGACGUGUGUCAUUUGGUUUGCAUUCGGUCUCUCCAUGGUGUCACGGGGAGGAAUGUACGUGUUUCAGUUGUACGAUUUUUAUUCGGCUUCCGGCAUGGUGCUGCUAUGGGUGGCCUUCUGGGAGUGUAUAGUCAUUGGUUGGAUCUUCGGCGCAGAAAAAUUCUACGAUGCCAUAGAGUUGAUGAUCGGUUACAGAAUUACGAAAUGGUUCUAUAUCUGUUGGAAAUACUUUACUCCCUUAGUAACAGCUGGCAUUUUUGCGUUUCAAGUCCUAGGAUUUAAAGCAUUAAAGUAUAACAAUGUCUAUGAGUAUCCAUCUUGGGCAGAGGCCUUUGGACUGAUGCUAGCCCUUGUGUCUAUGUGCUGUAUCCCGAUUUAUGCAGGCUUUAAGCUGCUGUCCUUAAAAGGAUCAAUGAAAGAGCGCUUGAGGAUAGCAACUAGACCAGAUUUAACCACUAAACAGUUAUCUAAAGAUUGGGUGUUACAAGAAGACAGACUGUUAGUGAUAUAAGAGUUUUCUUACGACAUACAUUUAGUUUAACUUUGCCUCAAUUAUCAAGAGUGAACCGUAAAACAUUUUUGUUACGUUUUGUUUUGCAAUUUGUAGAUUUCAAUUUUUUAUAAUAAGA